AUGUCCCCUCCGUCCCUCGCCAUUCCGGCCACUUCUCCCGUGGCCGAAUCUCUCCAUCUCUGGAAGAAACGCUUCGACAAGCGACAUCUUUCCACCAACCCAGUUAUCGCUACCCUUGAUAUAGAAUACAACGAGCUGGUCCAGUCUUGGAAACGCUUCCAGGAUAACCUCCUCCCCAACGAUCGAGUGCUCUUCCACGAACGUCUGCAAGGUCCCGACGAUGUUUUGGACGUCGUCGCCAGCAUCGAGCCCGUCUGGACGUCCACGUCCGGACAGCGAAUGUUGAGGGAAUGUUGCGACGAAUUUCGUUCGACCCUGGGCUCACACGGGAGGCUACUGGCCGUUCUACCAAGGAAUGAAUUGUACUGCUCGAUCUUUUACGGCGUCCUGCAAUCUCUUCUGAAGGCAUCCGCGGGCUAUCCCAGAAUCAUGGAAGGAUUGAUCAAAGCACUGGUCCAAAUCAACCGCCUUAUUGCCCCGCCAGCCUCGGGCGAGGCAGUACCGACGACGAAGGACUCCAUCAACGCCAUUGCCCGCUUCUACACGCUCCUAUUCUUCUUUCUUGGAGAAGUGAUGGACUGGUAUGUGAGAAAGGCCAAAUGCGGGCUUCUGCGGAGCCCCAACCAAGACGUGUACCGUGCCUUUCAACGCCUGAUUGGCCAGAUUCGACGCAGCGCGAAAAGUAUGAUGGAAGAUCUCACGGACACUAUGGACCUCGAUGACCCCGACUGCGAUAGCUUAUGUGAAAUGACCCAUGACGACUAUCGGGGGUGGUUUGAGCGGGCUCGAUUGAGCCAGGUGGGUCUUCAGAACGGGGCCCGCCGCUUUGCAGCGCAGAAUGCCCUCACCCGUCAGUUGAUGUGGGAGAUUCAUCAGGAUGCGGCGGAGCGUAAGCGAUUGUUGCAAGACAGAGAUGUUCUCCUGGCGCGAUUGCUGGACACUGUUAGUCUACAGCUACAGUCCGUGAGUAAACAAAACAGCGGCAUUGCCUGUUUGACCACGACCGCUUCCCAGGAUUUAGACACAGACAGGUUCAACCUGAUAAAAGGGGGGCACAAGCACAAGUACACGCGCAUGGAACUGCAAAUGGCUUCCCAAAAGCUCGAAGACUUCUUUGAUGCCGACGACCAGAUCCCCGCGCUCGAAGUCGACGUUCCAGUCAUUGCGGAAGAUAACGUGAUGACCUCGCUGAAACAAUGGGCGACCGACGCCCACUCACAGGUCCUGGCCGUGGGAGGCCCUCAAUCGACAGUCUACCCUAGCCCGGUUCUGCUUGUCUCGACGUGUUACGCCAACUUUGCUCGCAAGGCGGGCUUGCCCGUGAUUUCCCACUUUUGCAACCGAUCCACCGAUGCCGCCAACGAACUGACCUAUGAGCAACACCUCAUUGCCCUGGCGUACAGCCUGAUCCGCCAGUUGAUAGAAUACCUGCCUCCCGUAGUCGAAAGCCAUGCGGGGUGUGACCUGAGCGGCGAGCGAUUCAAACCUUUGAACGGCUCGCUGACGUCCUGGAAGGAGGUGCUCUCGCUGAUUGAUAUACUCCUGCACUUUGCGCCACCCCUGCUGGUGUGCGUGAUUCAUGGGCUCGAUGUCAUUCAAGAUGCGUCGACAGAUCCGUACAUUCGCUCAUUGGUGCGGACCUUUCUGACUCAUACGCGGCACCAGCCAGAAUUACUGCCAAACGGCAAACAGAGCCAGAGCGUAUUACUGAAGGUGCUGUUCACGGUGGCUGGUCGGCCAAGCUCGCUAGUGGAGACAUUAUCUGAGAACCAGCUCAUUCUGCGGGAGUCGAAUACGACCGAGGAGCUGGCCCCGACCGACGCCGCCUUGGACGCCGAUGUAGGCCCUACGGCCAUGAUUGCAUAG